CACAUUGGUCACAACAGAGAUGGCGGCUGCAAUGACAGCAGAUUCUGGGAGAGUUUGGGGGAUUUUACUCCUUUUUGUUUGUAGUUCGUCUCAAAGUUUAUUCAACGGAGGAGAUUCUUACAAAAGGGAGCUGACAGUGAAGUUGUACCCAAACACGAGCUCACCUCCCCCUGGUGGCGAACUGUUGCAUGUUCGAGCUGUGGGAGGGAACGACACCCUGCACUUCCUGUUCUGCAGCCAGGGGGCGCCAACACUGCUGGUCGUGCACACCGACUCUCCCUCCUCAAUCGUUGAGGUAAACUGGCCUCAGUUUGUGGCUCGUAACACCAGCGGCAGCCUGAGGGUGGAGCCACAGAGCAGCAUCCUGUACAGCACAGCUGUUGUCUUCAGCCGGUUGUUGGAGUACGAUGAUGAAAACAACACAGCCGAGGGAACCUCUAACUUCUUCCCUCCUUACGAGCUGCAGGACUUCAGCUGGUCUCCCAUGAACCUGUCAAAACCUACAGCUGUGAUCUGUGGGUCUGCCCCACAUGCCAUCAACGGAUCUCUGUGCUUUCAGUUGACUGUGUUCGGCUCAGAAGGGCGACCCGAGCUUUGGCCCCGCCUUCUUCAUUCUCCUAACUCCUCCCAGGUGGAGGUGUGGCUUGAUGGCCUGCUGCCUCGCUCCAACACAUCCAGGUUCGUGUUGGAGCUGCAGGCAGUGGGCGGAGCUUUUCCGCUGAGCAAAGUGGAUGUUCGCCAGUUCAUUGAUGAUGAAUACACGCCUUCAAUAUUCAAGGUGUCUCAGUGGGUUUCCUCAGCGAACAACGGCUCAGACAUCCUGGGUUUUGUCCAGUGGAAGCCUGUGGCAUACCGGAGGCCCCGUCCGGCUCUAGAGGAUGCGACGCCGUGCCGCCACUCCGAGCCGCAACCGUGGACCGGUAACAAGACGACGGACUCAUCAGCUCUGAUCAAAGCUUUUUAUUCUGAUCCCAGAGCUGUGGGAAUGAACGUGAGCUUCGGCAUCGCAGGAGAACCUUUCUACAACAGCACCAUGUUCCUCAGCUGGACGAUGCUGGUGGGCGUUGGCUCUCCUCCUGUCGACUCGUUCUCUCCCUUGGUGAUCGGCAUCAUGGCGGCAGGUUUGGGGAUUCCCUUCGUCCUCCUGCUGGUCGGUGGAGUUUGCGUCUUCAUAAUGAAGAGGAGGGAUACCUCUGAUGCAGCCUACCAACCAAUCAACUGACAACUCAGUCAGUGAGGAGCUGAGAAACACUUUUUAUUUCAAGUGAAGUCACUGAUGGCUCAGCCAAUCAGGAAUCAGUUUAUUUUACAAAGGUAAACCUCAUUUUCUCAGGUUGAAGGUUUAGUCUUUAGGUGAUGGAUAACUGAUUAGUCAUUAGAUUCAUUUAGAAACAAACAAUCUUUUUAAAUUAGAAGGAUUUAUAACAUUUAUUGUAUAUAAAAGAAUUUCAAUGUUUUUUUUAAAAUGUAUAAAUAUUUCAUAGGAUUUUGAGAUUUUAGAGCAAAUGAUUUAUUGUCCAGAAGGCUGCUGAUUGCACAACACAGGUAUUUAUUUUAUUUCUUUUGUUUUGUUAUAAAACUAGAGGAAAUGUUACAUUACUAAACUCAGAUAAAUUUUAAGAACAGCUAAACAGUCUGUUGUUGGUUUGAGGCGGAACAUCCCAGAAAUUUAUGUAAAUAUGGGACUUAAAAAUAUUUAACCAAUCAGGAUUCAGCGUGAGCUCUCAGGGUUUAUUGUAAACAUAACAACAAGCAUGUUUUGGACUUUAACAGAAUCAUUUUAAUCUUUUUUGUAUUCACAACUUUAAACGGUUCAUGCAAUCUUUUUUUUUCUUUUUUCUGAGAAGCUGCUGAGCAGUAUAAUCUUCAAAAGAUUUUACUUCAAUAAAAUGUUAAAUGUGUUUGUCUGUUUUGGAGCAUUUUUCUAAGCUGUAAAGGAGAUGUGUGAGUUUGGAUCAUUAGGUUUAUUUGGUUUUUGUAAAAUUCAGGAUUUAUUAAAACCUGCGAA